UAAUUUUUUCUGUGCUUCCCUUGUUGCUAAUUAUUUUUCUCUCUUGUAACAAUAUUCUACGAGAAUCAUAUAAAGCCAAAAUUAAAUAGAGACAGAAACGAUGUUUAUUAUUAGUACUGUUAUGAAACUUUUUAGGUUUUCGUUCGCAAUCAUGGCACUUUUAGUGAUUGCAAUAAACCGCUGGAUGGCUUUUGCAGUUCAAUUAUCAAUGAUUUUUGUAUAUGGAAUUCACUCUUAGUGGUAAUCGGAAUUGUUUCAACGAUUCAAACAACAGUGGGAUUUUGUUUUGAUGUGAUGAAAUUAACAUCAGGAAGUAAACCUUUAUUAAGUUCAAAAUCUUCAGCGACAUUAAAAGAUAAAAAUCGAGGACCACAAGGAUAUUGGCAAAGUAGAAGAAAAACAUAUCAAGAAAUGAUAGAUAAAUUAUAUGUUAAAUACAUGGAAAAGUUAAUUGGAGUACAACAACAACAAUCCCAAUGUUGGAAUUGGGAUUCUCAAUAUAUUUAUCCUCAAUCAAGAUAUCAAAAUAGAAAUGGAAGCGGGGGAGGGGAUGUUUAUGUUGAAGAUGGUAGAAAUAACGUUGAAUAUUAUCAAUAUAAUAAUAUGAAUGGUUAUGGUUAUGGUUAUGAUGAUGAAUUCUUGAUGGACAAUGGUGAAGGUUCAAGCGAUAGAAAUUAUGAAACAAAUUCUGAUGGAAUUAGUGAAGAAAGUUCUUUUACACACGAUAUGAAAAUUACUGAAGAUACUGCUUCGAUCAUAGAAUAA